ACUUCCGCGUUACAAGCCCCGCCCACCUCGAUCCACUCAUAAUGUUGCUGCCUGAUCUGCGGGUCUUGUGACUCCACUUCUCCUCGGUCAACAUGACCACUACAGUGAAGUUGGCGGUGCUGCUGCUGAGCCUGAGCUUCUGCCGGGGGCUGAAGCACAACUACAUCGAUGACUACGAGGUGGUGGAGGUGGAGGAGGAGGACCAGGACCGGGAUCUGGUGUUCCAGCCCUCCAAACACGGCUCCCUGUGGCCUCUGCCGCAGAAAGUGCAGAUCUCAGAUGUUUCCUUCAAGCUGAUGGGCUCCAGCUUCAAGAUCGUUGACGCCAGGCAGUCAUCCGCCGGCCCGAGCUGCAGCCUCCUCCAGGACGCCUACAGGAGGUAUUAUGAAUACAUGUUCGGCAGCGCUAAAAGGCAGCAGCCGUACAAAAGCAAGCGAACAGGCCCCACCGAGCUGACGGAGCUGCAGGUGUGGAUCACGUCACCUGACUCUGAAUGUGACGGGUAUCCCAGCGUGACCUCCAACGAGUCAUAUGAGCUGUCAGUGGAUCAGCCGUUCGCGGUCCUGAAAGCACCAACGGUCUGGGGAGCCCUGCACGGUCUGGAAACGUUCAGCCAGCUGGUGUAUGAAGAUGAAUAUGGAACUAAAAGCAUCAAUUCAACACAGAUCAACGACUUCCCCAGAUUUGCCCACAGAGGCAUCUUACUGGACACCUCUCGUCAUUUCCUGCCUGUCAAAGUCAUCCUGGCUAAUCUGGAAACAAUGGCGAUGAACAAAAUUAAUGUUUUCCACUGGCACAUCGUGGACGAUCCAUCCUUCCCUUACCUGAGCCGAACGUUCCCACAGCUCAGCCGGCAGGGAGCUUACCACCCGUACACACAUGUGUACACACCUGCUGACGUGAAGAUGGUGAUCGAGUGGGCCCGUCUGAGAGGCAUCCGUGUCAUCCCGGAGUUUGACACUCCAGGACACACGCAGUCUUGGGGCAAAGGCCAGGCGGAUCUGCUCACGCCCUGUUACUCUGGCACCAAACCGUCUGGCACCUUCGGACCAGUGAACCCCAUCCUGAACACCACGUACGACUUCAUGAAGCUGUUCUUCGGGGAGAUCAGCACCGUGUUCCCUGAUGCCUACGUCCACUUGGGAGGUGAUGAGGUGGACUUCACCUGCUGGAAGUCUAACCCGGAUAUUCAGAAGUUCAUGGAACAGCAAGGCUUCGGAGACGACUACAGCAAGCUGGAAUCAUUCUACAUCCAAAAACUCCUGGAAAUCGUCACCGCAACCAAGAAGGGCUACAUGAUCUGGCAGGAGGUCUUCGACAACGGUGUUAAGCUGAAACCAGACACACUUAUCCACGUCUGGAAAGGAAACCAGCAGCAAUACCAGAAUGAGAUGGCAAAUGUUACAUCAUCAGGGUACCAGACCCUGCUGUCCACUCCCUGGUACCUGAACCGUAUCUCCUACGGCCAGGACUGGCGCGGCCAUUACAAGGCCGACCCGCAGGAUUUCGAGGGAACUGAAGCGCAGAAGAAGCUUGUGAUUGGUGGAGAGGCCUGUUUGUGGGGAGAGUACGUGGACGCCACCAACCUGACACCCAGACUCUGGCCUCGUGCCAGCGCCGUGGCCGAGCGGCUGUGGAGCGCCAAAGAUGUGACGGACAUCAACGACGCCUUCAACAGACUGUCAAUGCACCGCUGUCGCAUGGUGGACCGUGGAAUCCCAGCUGAGCCACUGUUCUCCAGCUUCUGUCCCCGAGAGUACAAGGGGAUCUGAAAACACUGAAGCUGAACGUGGGAGCAAGAAAGGGAAGCACAUCCAUGCAACAGCAACUACCCCCACGCUCUUAAACUGCUAAUUCAAAUGCUGAAUCUGCCUUGUUAGAGGUGUCACUGCAGUGACCGUCCUCUUUUAUCCUUUUAAAUCAUCCUUUGUAAAUCUGCAGAACUCUUGAUCACAUUUUAUGUCACACACAUCUUAGGACUGAAUAAUGCACUCAUUGUUUUUCUAUGAAUGUUUGUAUAAUAACUGAAUAAAAAUGUUUACAUUUAA